CCUCCGCAUUCGGAGCACUCGCAAGCUUCUCAUGCACUGACCCAAUCUGACUGCAGGCCCUCAGCCUCUUACCAUUGUCUGGACUGUGCACAAAGUCAAUAAGCAUGCGGGCUCUAAUUGUCUUCUGUGUUCUCCUGGUUGCUGUCUCGGCUGCACCUUCGGGCUUCUCAUUCUCCCCAUCUGUGGGCUCAGGAUCUGGGAGCUCUUACACCAUUACAGGGGAGGGCCGCAUCACUGCAGUCAGACUCUGGGAGAGUUCAUAUGUCCGUGGCAUCCAGGUUCGUUAUGGGUCCAAAUGGUCGCAAGUUGCUGGUUAUAGAAGUGGCACCGAACUUGAGAUUGAGCUGUUUGACGGCGAGUUCAUUGCUCAAGUCUCCGGCAAGUACUCUCACUACAUCCAGUCCAUCAUGAUCGUCACCAGCAGAGGGCGCUCCAUCAUUGCUGGACAGCCAUCUGGAACCACCUUCAACAUGUACCCCGAGCAUCCAAUGGCCGAGCUCAGAUUCCUGAGUGGACGCUUCCACGGAGGUCUCACCGCUAUCGCCACCCACUGGGCAAUUCUGCCCAACAUGUCCAACGGCACUUCUGAUUAACAGAAGAGAAUGAAGGACAGCCCAUGCCUACCAUGGAUAUAACUGCUACUACUUGGCUACGGCGGCUAUAAUAAUAUCAGGAUAUUUCGUCUUCAAUCUUCUCGAUUUGAAUUACCUCAAGGACACAUCACAACCUUGUUUGCUGUCUUUUGAUGUUUUAACAGUCUGAUAGCUUAUCUGUCUGUCAUAGGAAAGUUGUGUAAGAGUUUCAAGUCAAAAUGCAUAGCGUACAUGCAUAAGUAGUUAAAAUUGGGACUUGUUUUUAGGGUGCAUAAAAGUUUUGCUUGCUUCCAGCUGUUUCUGUCAGCAGUCUUAGCUACAUGAUAUGUGUCCAGAGGUGGUGGGUCUGUGCCUGAAAUAUGCUUAUUCAAGUCACAUUAAAUAGCUCUUCAUACUGUAGACCUGUGAAAGGAGUA